AUGGAGCAAGGGUUAGCUAUGGACAGACACAGUCAAUAUACAAAAUUGACCAUCGCAACUCACAAGUCAUCGACAACCGAUGACAGGGCCGAUCAUGUUGGCAGCUCCUUCACUUUACCUUACUCUGCCGUCCGUGCUAUCAUCUCCAAUCUGCAAGUCGUUGCACAGACGCUCAUCCAAUGA